CGUCCCUAAAUAUCCAUAGCAAAUAAUUUUCUAUAGCUUUAAAACCAGAAUAAUCACGUCGUAUUAUACUGGGUUUACACUGUGAUAACUAGACAUACACACCUUAACCUAACCAAGAUUAAUUAAAGACGCUACCGAUUAACUGUCUACAUCUAUACGAUGGAAAGUAACAAGGGUCCGGAUUCUCGGCAAGUUAGUGACGACGGACCCGGAUGUUGUGGGUGUAUUUUGAUGGGACUAUCGUAUUUUAUAGUGGGCAUAUUUUUCCCAUUUUCUUUGGCUAUGUGCAUAAAGAUUGUUCAAGAGUAUGAAAGAGCUGUAAUAUUCCGGCUAGGUCGUGUCCUCCCUGGAGGAGCAAAAGGACCAGGGAUGUUCUUCAUUUUGCCAUGUCUGGAUGAUUUUAAGAAAAUUGACAUGCGUACAGUUGCUAACGACGUCCCCCCUCAGGAGAUUUUAACUAAAGAUUCCGUGACUGUAGCAGUUGAUGCAGUAAUUUACAGCAGCAUAUAUGAUCCCACCAUGUCUGUUAUUAAUGUUGAAAACGCUGACGCCUCUACCAGGUUACUAGCAGCAACGACAUUGAGGAAUGUCCUAGGUACAAAAAAUAUGUCGGAAAUUUUAAGCGACAGAGACAGUAUUGCACAUGAAAUGAAGUCUCUCUUAGACCAAGCUACUGAUCCAUGGGGUAUAAGGGUUGAACGUGUUGAAAUUAAAGAUGUCCGGCUUCCAAUGCAACUACAAAGAGCCAUGGCGGCUGAAGCAGAAGCAUCAAGAGAAGCUCGAGCGAAGGUUAUAGCAGCGGAGGGAGAACAACAUGCAUCACGUGCUUUGAAGGAAGCAGCCGACAUCAUGGCCUCCAGUCCGGCCGCUAUCCAACUUCGAUACCUCCAGACACUAAGCACGAUAUCAUCUGAGAAGAAUUCUACCAUUAUUUUCCCGCUUCCAAUCGACUUGCUAGCGGCGUUUGCAAAGAAAUGAAUUAAUAUCUAUCAAUAACAAUAAUGACUAAGCUUUAAAGGGAAAUCCUCUGAGAUUCUGUAUCUGCUCAAUAAAUCCACCCUUUUCAUAUUUAGUCAUUGGUAAAUUGAUCACAAUAUAUCAAUGCAUAAUAAUCAAAGUACUAUCUUUCCGAUCUAAUAUCAAAGAGCAAUAUUUUUUUCUUCAAAUAAGUAUGAGAUUCUAUUGAAGAAUCAUAUUGGAUUUUAAAAACAUUAACUAUGUUUAUAUUUGAUCAUAAUCAAAGUUUUGGCCAUGCGGAGAACAUAACGAUUAUAUAAGUGUAGCUGUUUGCUUAUGUUCGGAGGACUCGGCGAUACAAGAGGACCUAUAUGUAUUGUGUAGUCAACCACCAUACACAGGACGGAACCUGCUGCAUUGUUAACGUCCAAGGGCCCUAUCAUUAAAACAACAAAAAGCGAUUAGUGUGUUCCGUUAUAAUUACUGUGAUGUACUGCAGUUAUUGUGAACUUUUACUUCUAUUUUUAAAAUUGAGGGCAUCUUUAUCUUUUAUAAUUCGUUAAUUCCAUGACUUCCGAUCAGUAUCAUUUUACGAUAUAUAUGGUCACAAGCAGAAGCUUCUCUCGUGGAAAGAAGUAUAUAAUUUGCCUAUUUCAGAAAGACAAUUGAAACAUAAUGUUUUUAUUUGAGAUCACGAAAUUUAAAUAAAAAAUGUCUUGUCGU